AUGAACCAAGCCCAGUUCGUUAUGGGCCAACCCCAGUUUGCCAUGAACCAAAACCUGUUGGCCAUGAACCAAAACCAGUUCGCCAUGAACCAGGGGUUCCUGCCACCCCCACAACUGGUCACAGCAGGUCCCCCCGUUCCACAGUUCCAUCCUGGCACGCAAGGCCAAUGGCAGCAAGGUGCAGCACUUCAAUUUGCCCCGCAACAGGCGCAGAGCCCGCAGAUGGUACCGGCUCAACAUGUGCUUGGGACGCCACAGUUCUCCCACCCUGCGGCGACCAUGAACCAACAGGAUGCCAGACAGCAUGAGCGGUUGAACCAGUACCAAUCCCUCGGUGUGGCAUCCCUCCGACCCUCGACUCCUCAGCAGCAACAGCACCCCACAUCAGCUCCAUCACCGGGCGCUGGUCAACAACUUCAGUGUACUCUCCCCAACCGGUCGCCCAACAAGUGGCACAGCCCCAACCUCCAAGCAUGUCUGUCCACCCGCCAGUACCUGCUGGUCGCCAUACCCUCUCUCCUCGCAUGA